CAUUUUGUUCAGGACCACGCCAAAUCCAGUCAGUGACAUGAUAUCAUACAGAGAGUUUCAAAAUUUCUUCAAGCCGCAGAAUAAGACAUGUAUAACGAUGAGUUCCCUCAAAAACAGCACGUUAUUCGCGGAAACAACAACCUGGUUUCAAAAGAAGGCAUCCAGUGGCGCGGCAACAGGAUCACAGGCGGCGGGACAGCAACAGGGGGAGAGUUUGGGGGCAAUGGGGGCUGCUUCGGAGCCGAGGAGGGUGAGAAGGGGGCUGAAACUCCGUCCGCAGGAGUGCGCGACAAGUUGGAGGGGGCGGGCACAGCUGAGGAUGACACUAUUCACCUCAAGAGACGGGUGGGACUCUUCAGUGGGGUGGCUUUAAUUGUUGGGACUAUGAUAGGAUCUGGAAUUUUCGUUUCCCCAUCUGGUCUGCUCGAAAGAACUGGAUCAAUUGGGAUGAGUUUCGUGCUUUGGAUGGCGUGUGGGAUACUUUCAUUAUUGGGUGCCCUUGCCUACGCGGAACUGGGAACCAUGAACACCUCCUCCGGAGCAGAAUACGCCUAUUUUAUGGACGCGUUUGGUGCGCCACCGGCAUUCCUCUUCUCCUGGGCCAGUACCCUGGUGCUGAAGCCUUCCCAGAUGGCAAUCAUCGCUCUGAGCUUCGGAAAAUACGCAGUGGAGGCGUUUGUUAUCGAGUGUGAACCCCCUGAGAUUGUUGUGAAGAUGGUAGCCCUGCUGGCCAUGGUUGUCAUCUUGUAUAUAAACUGUUAUAGUGUUAAUCUUGCCACCAGUGUGCAAAAUAUUUUUACAGCUGCAAAGUUAGUUGCAGUUGCUGUUGUGAUUUUGGGAGGAGUGUAUAAGAUAGUUGAAGGCAAUACUCAACACUUACAAGUACCUUUUAAGGGAACUAAAUAUUCAUUUGGCAAUAUAGCAACCGCAUUUUAUACAGGACUUUGGGCUUAUGAUGGUUGGAAUAAUCUCAAUUAUGUGACAGAAGAAAUAAAGAAUCCUUCAAGGAAUCUCCCCCGCAGUAUUGUAAUAGGAAUCCCGUUAGUAACAGUUUGUUAUGCCCUCAUCAAUGUUUCUUAUCUGACUGUCAUGUCACCUUUGGAAAUGAUGACAAGCGAAGCUGUGGCUGUUACUUUUGGUAACAGAGUUCUUGGAGCGAUGUCCUGGUUGAUGCCUCUGUCCGUCACCAUAUCUACAUUCGGUGCAGCUAACGGAACCCUUUUUGCUGCUGGAAGGCUAUGCUUCGCGGCUAGCAGGGAAGGCCAUCUCAUGGAUAUUUUGUCCUACGUGCAUAUCAAAAGAUAUACUCCUGUUCCAGGUCUUAUUUUUCAGACAUUGAUAGCUGGGGCUAUGGUCAUGUAUGGUACCAUUGAUUCUCUAAUCGAUUUCUUCAGUUUUACCGCCUGGAUAUUUUACGGGGGAUGCAUGGCAGCACUGAUUCUGAUGCGGUAUACCAAGCCAAACUACCCUAGACCCUAUAAGGUACCACUUAUCAUUCCAUCUUUUGUACUUGUGAUCUCUAUAUACCUGAUAAUAGCACCUAUAAUUGACAACCCCACAAUUGAGUACCUGUACGCAGCUUUAUUCAUACUAGGAGGCAUGGUAUUUUAUGUUCCUUUCGUCCACUACCAAGUCAAAACUCCAUUCAUGGAUGGCGUGACAGUAUUCCUGCAGAUGGUUUUCGAAGUUGCACCAACUUCAACUAUUCUGGAGUAAAACUUAUACUUGAACAGUGUAAUUGUCAUUGGUUAUUUUAAUCUCAACACAGAGAAAACUGAAGAUAGUCGAAUUCAUAUCCAUUUGUUGUCAAUUAGAGAGACAGAAUAUGGACUUUAUCGAUGUUGAGAAUUUGGUAGCCACAGUAGAAAGGCUUUAGUCAUAUUAUCAUUCCGGAUUUUUUAGGUUUUUUACUUUCUUAUAUUGAUUAAAAACGAAAAAGUGUUUUAUUUUUUAACAACCUUUAUACAAAUUGGAACUGAUGAGAAGUCAACUGAAAUUUGAUAUUUUAAUAUGUAUUUAAUAUGUGACUGAAGAAAUUGUUGUUGAAAAUGCUCAUAUCAAUGGAUUUAUGAAUGUUAAAAUUGUCAAAAAUUCACUUCAUCAGUAAAAACAUAACUUAUAUUUUUGAUGAAACAAUUCUUCAAAUUUUCUUGAUAUUCAUACUGUUAUGACUGUUCAGGAUAGGAAUUCAAAUAUAUUAUUUUCAAUAUUUCGGACGAGUACGAAAAAAUUUUAAAUGAAUAAAACGCUCCAAAUUUUAGCAAAUGAUUUAUUAUUUCCACAUCGAACUAACAUUCAAAUCUCAAGACUAAUUAAAGGUAAGGCUUCUCAGUGAAAUAUAUACAUUCAAAUAUAUGUCAACAUAUUCUUCAAAUCACAAGCUCAAAUUGUCAAUCGGUGUAUUAACAUAUUUUCCUAACAAAAUGCCUGCAACCAUAUAAAUAGGACGUAAAAAAUUUCCAUAGAUUUUUAGAUACCAAUACCCUCAGUAUAUCAACAUAUUAUUUUAAAACAAAGGGGAUAUUUUCCCUCCUAAUGUCAAUCUGGAAGUUGAUUUUUGGAAGAGAUAAACUAAAAUGUUGAAGAAGCAAAAUUGAAAUAUAAAGAUAUUGUUAAAGUUGAAAUGAUGGUAUAUUAUAUAUACCUACCUACUUUUUGUUUUUCGUUUCAAAAAUAAUGAAAUAUUUCAAUUAUUUGUAUUUUAAUUAAUUGUUUUCAAUGAACCCUACUACGUGACAAAUUAAUUCAAACAAAAAAAAAGGUACACUUCUCCUCAGUUGUUGAUACUGAUGAAGUAGUCAGCUCCAAAUCAAUUUCAUUGAGUAGUUGUUGAUCUUUACUCUCCAUAAAUGAUUACUCAAUGAAUUAAAAUAAUUGUUGAAGAUUCGAUAUUAUUUUUGUUAUCAACCAAUUUUGAUUUGUUGUUGAAAACAUAAUUUAUCGAAACAGUUGUUUUAUUUGAGAUGAAAAAACUUAAAUGUUGUGAAAAAUUAUAGGUAUAGAAUAUUUUAAAAUAAAAUGAUGAUAAUGA